UGUCAUUCGCUCCACCAGUUACAAUUCCACCUUCAGAGAGUUUAAGGAGCUCCCUGCAAACACCCAAACUCCUCUCACUUUUACUCUCACACACAUAUAUCACAUUUGUGGAAUUAUCAUCUCUGAAACUUUGAGAUCCAGCACCACUGUCAACGAUGGGAGUGGAACAAACUGAGUAUUCAGAUGCUGAUUUCACCUAUGAUUAUGAGUUAAUCAGAAGAGGUGGGCUGAUCUUUGCAGCUGUUUUGUUCUGUUUGGGCAUGGCUAUCAUAUUCAGCAAAAAGCUCAAAUGUGGAAACAAGUCAUCUGCUAAGUAAUGGGACACCUCAAUAUAUUCACCAAGGACGACCCUUUCAUGAUCACUUUCAUGAUCUCAACUUGGAUGUUUUUUUGUUUUGUUUGAUGAAUAUUGUACUUUCCAUUGACUAUAUAUAUGUGCACAAUAACAAUAAAAUAAAAAAAUGACUUACAAA